GCAUCCGAACGAUUCAGCCAUUCGCCAUUCCAGUUCACCGCAGUUCUUUCGAAUCCGCAGCAGAAAGUGCAGAGGAGACACUAGAGCGGAACAAGGAUCGUCUGUUCCUCCCUUUCAACACCAGAUCGCCAGAAAAUCCUCUUUAAAAAAAUGUUCACCGCUCUUCUGGAUGCCGCCCGGAACUCACCCUUCCGCUCCCCGUUUACUCGCGUGCAGUGCGACGAUGGCAGCGCACCGGUGGCCACAGACAAGGCCAUAGUUCCGGCCCGCUCCAUCCAGGCUGCCGCUAGCCACGAGGUGGAGUUUGGUUCGAACGAAUUCUUUGGACUGUGCGCCCUCGGGGGUAUCCUGUCAUGCGGUCUGACGCAUACUGCCGUCGUGCCGCUCGAUCUGGUCAAGUGCCGGCUCCAGGUCGAUCAGGCCAAGUACAAGAAUCUGUUCCACGGAUUCAAGCUAACCGUCGCGGAGGAAGGUGCUCGCGGAUUGGCCAAAGGAUGGGCCCCAACGUUCUUCGGCUACUCGGCACAGGGCGCCUUCAAGUUCGGACUUUACGAAGUAUUCAAAAUCCAGUACGCAAACAUGAUUGGCGAGGAGAAUGCGUAUCUGUACCGCACGUGGGUGUAUCUGGGUGCUUCCGCUUCCGCCGAGUUCUUUGCUGACAUUGCACUGGCCCCGCUGGAGGCGGCCAAGGUGAAGAUCCAAACGAUGCCCGGUUACGCCAACACGAUGCGUCAGGCGAUGCCGAAAAUGAUGGGCGAGGAGGGCGUUAUGGCGUUCUACAAGGGUCUGGUUCCGCUCUGGUGUCGCCAGAUUCCGUACACCAUGAUGAAGUUCGCCUGCUUCGAGCGUACCGUUGAGCUGCUGUACAAGCAUGUUGUACCGAAGCCGCGUGAUCAGUGCUCAAAGGGCGAGCAGCUGGUGGUCACCUUUGCUGCCGGUUAUAUUGCCGGUGUGUUCUGUGCCGUGGUGUCGCAUCCGGCCGAUGUGGUUGUGUCGAAGCUGAACCAGGCCAAGGGAUCUUCUGCGAUCGAUGUGGCCAAGAAACUCGGCUUCAUGGGCAUGUGGAAUGGUUUGAUGCCGCGUAUCAUCAUGAUCGGUACCUUGACCGCUCUGCAGUGGUUCAUCUACGAUGGUGUCAAGGUUGCCCUAUCCAUUCCCCGACCUCCGCCACCAGAGAUGCCGGAAUCGCUGAAAAAGAAGCUGAACGUGGAGUAAAUGUUCAUCACCAGCCGUUGUCCAGUGGUGUAUUCUUGUGUUUUUAGUGCCCUAACAGAUAUGUGGUCGAGAAGUGGUCGUCGACAGAUGUGGUGUAGAUUUGAGUGAUGAAAGUGCAAGAGUGUACUGCGAUCGUUUGUGGUGACUGACCGGAUAGCUUGAGGGAAUGAUAUUGAUGAUGAAUGCAAAGGACGAACCGGGCAGUGGAAAGAUCAGCGGAGAUGUGAAAGGGUGAUGUUAUUAGUAGCGAAUAAGUUUUUACAGCUGAACGGCAAAGGUUCCGAUAAUCGAUCAAUGAAUAGAAAAAAAAACGAAAGCAGAGGCAAGCGAAAGUCAAUUGUCUGACCACGCAGCGCGUUCCUAGUAAACAGUAUCGCGCGCAACAAAAGUACGCGUCAGGACGCGUGCGCAUAUCGCGGUCGUUUUUGUCGUUGGCAUUCGGCCCGUUGUGGGCCGCUCCGCUGAUUCUUUGUGUGGUUCCGAUACGCGAAUAAAAUCGAAAACGUGUGAAUUUCUGACGCCAAGUAAA